AGCACAUUUUCAAGAAGCUACACAAAGGCCAUAAUCAGGAGCCUAAUCGGACCAACGAGACGCCGCCGCCGUCUCCCUCAUGUGCCACCGAUCAUCAACGUACCAUGUCCGGAAACUCUCCGACGAGUCCCUCCACGUCAUCGCCUGCUCUGGAUACUGUUCCGACGAGCUCCGGGAAUACUACAGCGGCGUCGACUGUGUCAGCAAAUAAUAGUACCGAUUACAUGUUGUCGGAGGAGGAGUUCGAGGUUCAGUUAGCUCUAGCGAUCAGCCUGUCGAAUUCGGAGGAUCCCGAGAAGGAUCAGAUCCGCGCGGCCACUCUGCUGAGCCUGGGGGGCCAUCAUCAAAUGGAUACAGGCGGGGAUAGGGAGGAGGUGCCCGCAGAGGAUUUAUCGAGACAUUAUUGGGAGUACAGUGUGCUUGAUCACGAAGAGAAAGUGGGUGAUGGUUUCUAUGAUGUGUAUGGGCCUUCCACAAAUUCAGCACUCCAAGGAAAUGUGCCAUCUCUUGCAGAUCUUGAGACAAAUCUUGGGAAUUAUGGCUUUGAAGUUGUGAUUGUCAAUCAAACAAUUGACCCUCUCUUAGAAGAGCUGGUGCAAAUUGCACAUUGUAUUGCAUUAGAUUGCCCUGCUAUUAAUGUUAGUGUUUUAGUCCAAAAGCUUGCUGAAUUUGUUACAGGCCAUGUGGGUGGGCCUGUUAAGGAUGCUAAUAUAAUGUUGGCAAGGUGGAUGGAAAGGAGCACGGAAUUGAGAACAUCUCUUCAUACAAGUUUGUUGCCUAUUGGGUCCAUUAAUAUAGGAUUAUCUCGGCAUUGUGCUUUACUUUUCAGGGUUAGUUAUUUUGUUUUUUGUUGACUUUCGAGUAAUGAAGUGGGUUUACAUGAUCACAGAAAGUCCACACUGAUAGAUGUAUGGGGAAAAAUCUGAAAUUGAAGAAUCCUGAAAGUCCUAGGUCACCAGUUGAUCACCAGUUGAUUGGAUAACAGAAAGGGUUGAUCAACUCUUUGAUGACGCAGAUGUGGGUGAUUGUGAAAUUGCAUGGGAAGACUUGCAUAUUGGUGAAAGAAUUGGACUGGGUUCAUAUGGAGAGGUCUAUCAUGCUCAUUGGAAUGACACGGUUAGUUUUAGAUACUAUUUUUCCCUUGAAAUUUGUAAAGUUGAUCACUUCUUUCCUUAUUUUCUUUUUAUUUGUUGUUUUAUUUAAAGUUGGAGAACUUGUUCUUGGCUCUUUAAAAUGUUCUCUUUAAGAUGUUGGCUUGUCAUUUUUAUGUUGCUUUAGAGACUCAGUGAUGGCUUAUAAUAUGACUACAUCGAUUAAAAUGAACAUCACUGU